AUGAGUUCAUUAUUAUCUUCAUACGAAUCUGAAUUUAAACUUACGUUGGAAAAAGCACGUUCCAAUUUAAGGGAAGCUAAGAAUCAACAACUACCACAACGUAAUGCUACAUUAAAAGAAAUUGAAGAAGAACAAGACGAGCUGUUAGAUUUGAUAGAUCAGAUGGACAUAGAAAUAAAUAACACUAUCACGGGAAGUAACUCACAAGAUCGUGCUAGAUUGAAGUCUAAACUACGUGAUUAUCAGAAAUUUAUUGUGAAUGAUGUUAAACAGCCUUUACAAAAAUUAAUGGAUGAAAGGGAUAGAGAUAUGCUAUUUGGUGGCAACGGGAAUGAAAAUAACCUGGAAAAUAAUGGGAGUUUGCAAUAUAUGGAUGACGAGCAAAGGCAGCAGUUAUUAAAAAAUCAUGCAACAUUGACAAAGAGUGGUGAUAGAUUAACUGAAGCCACAAGGAUAGCAACAGAGACAGAAAAUAUUGGUUCUCAAAUUAUGAGAGAUUUGAGGUCACAAAGAGAAACUCUUGAAAAUGCAAGACAAACAUUAUUUCAAGCUGAUUCAUAUAUCGAUAAGAGUAUGCAAACUAUAAAGACAAUGAGUAGACGAUUGGUAGCUAAUAAAUUUAUCAGUUAUGCUAUAAUAGCAGUUUUGAUCUUGUUGAUACUGUUAGUACUCUUCUCGAAAUUUAAGUAA